AUGCUCCCUACAUCCUCCAUAAAACUCACCCUCCUCUUCCUCACAACAUCUCUCCUCCAAACCGGAACACCUACCGCAAUCCCCCGACAAGCCGCCUGUGGUACACUUCCAUCCCCCAUCCCCACCCCCUCAAUAUCCUACCUUCCAGACCCCUUCACAAACCUCGCGGGCCAACGCAUCACCACCACAGAUCAAUGGACCUGCCGCAAAAACGAACUCAGUCUGCUCUUCCAAAACCUCGAACUAGGAAUCCUUCCCCCCAAACCCUCAUCCGUAACUUCCUCUUUCUCUGGCAACACCCUCUCAAUAACUUGUUCCGAUUCCGGGAAAUCAAUCUCUUUUAGCGUGUCCAUUACCUAUCCUUCUACUGGCACUGCUCCCUAUCCAGCUAUCAUCGCUUAUGGAGGUGGUAGUAUACCUGCUCCUGCGGGCGUCGCUAUCAUUAACUAUAACAAUGAUCAAAUCGCACAGCAAAAUGACCAAUCAAGUCGCGGUAAAGGACUCUUUUACAAUCUCUACGGCUCCACCCAUUCAGCAGGCGCAAUGGUAGCCUGGGCCUGGGGCGUCGACCGCAUCCUGGACGCACUAGAACAAACCCCCAACGCCAAAAUGAACCCCGCAAGCGUAGGCGUAACAGGAUGUUCACGCAACGGCAAAGGAGCCCUAAUAGCCGGAGCCUUCUGUCCCCGCAUCGCGCUUACCAUACCGCAAGAAUCCGGUUCCGGCGGAGACGCCAGCUGGCGCAUUUCAGACAGCAUAGGCUCGAGUACUCAAACGGCGUCUGAAAUCGUAGGCGAAAAUGUCUGGUUCAGCACCUCUUUUAAUACCUGGACGAACCGCAUUCCUACCCUCCCAUUCGAUCACCACGAAUUAGCAGCUCUCGUCUCACCGCGUCCAUUGCUCGCUAUCGAAAAUACCGAUUACGUAUGGCUGGGACCUCUUUCAUCAUAUGGAGCCAUGACGGCGGCAAAGUAUAUUUAUCAAGCUGUAGGCGCAUCUGCGAAUUUUGGUUUUUCGCAAGUGGGCGGUCAUAGUCAUUGUGUAUUUCCGAGUUCUCAGCAAGGUGAUUUAGAUGCAUUUGUGAAUCGAUUUUUGAAAAAUGGGACGGGUAAUACGGAGAUUUUUCGUAGUACGGGUAAUUUGGCGUUUAAUGAGAAUCAGUGGAUUCCUUGGAAGGGGAAUGUGCCGGUUUUGAGUGCCGGGUCUGGACAACCGGUUACGAGUAGUACGAGUACGACGGCUGUUUCUGCGCCCACGACAACGACUUCUGGUGUGGCUACGACGACUUCGAUUAGUGUUCCGGUACCCACGGCUAAUUGUCAGCCUCGUUGGGCUCAAUGUGGUGGGAUUGGAUAUACGGGGGCGACUUGUUGUGCACUGCUUCGAAUGUCUAUUAUUCUCAAUGCUUGUGAGAAUUAA